UCGGCAGCGGGAUCGGCCCUUCCCCGCCGCCGGGGCGAGGCCGCAGCGGAGCGGGGCGGGGAGUGGCCGGGUCCGGCCCAUGGACCGUCCGUGCCCGACGCGGAGCCCGUGGAAGGAGCCGCUCGGCCGCGGGAGGCGGCGCGGGGCGGCUGAGAGCGGCUGAGCCCCGGGGCCUUCGCUUCGCCCCGUCCCGUCCGCGCCCCGCGCCCGCCGCCCGAGCGGCACCAUGUCGGCCAAGGUGCGGCUGAAGCGGCUGGAGCAGCUGGUGCUGGACGGGCCGCAGCGGCACGACAGCGUGCUGAGCGUGGAGACCCUGCUCGACCUCCUGGUCGGCGUCUACGCCGAGUGCAGCCGCGACUCGCCGCUCCGCCGCGACCGAUACGUGUCCGACUUCCUCGAGUGGGCAAAACCAUUUACAAAAUUGGUAAAAGAAAUGCAACUCCAUCGAGAUGACUUUGAAAUUAUAAAAGUGAUCGGAAGAGGUGCAUUUGGAGAGGUUGCAGUUGUUAAAAUGAAGUGUACAGAGCGCAUUUAUGCAAUGAAAAUUCUAAAUAAAUGGGAAAUGCUUAAAAGGGCAGAGACAGCUUGCUUCCGAGAGGAGAGAAAUGUCUUGGUGAAUGGAGAUUGUCAGUGGAUUACUACAUUGCACUAUGCCUUUCAAGAUGAGAACUAUUUGUAUCUAGUGAUGGACUACUAUGUUGGUGGUGACUUGCUGACACUUCUCAGUAAGUUUGAAGACAAGCUUCCUGAAGAUAUGGCUAGGUUCUACAUUGGUGAAAUGGUGCUUGCUAUACAUUCCAUACAUGAGCUGCAUUAUGUGCACAGGGAUAUAAAGCCUGAUAAUGUUCUUUUGGACAUGAAUGGCCACAUACGACUGGCAGACUUUGGGUCCUGUCUGAAAAUGAGUGAAGAUGGCACAGUACAGUCAUCAGUAGCAGUGGGUACUCCUGACUACAUCUCUCCUGAGAUACUGCAAGCAAUGGAAGAUGGAAUGGGGAAAUAUGGGCCUGAGUGUGACUGGUGGUCACUGGGUGUCUGCAUGUAUGAAAUGCUCUAUGGUGAAACACCCUUCUAUGCAGAGUCACUGGUGGAAACCUAUGGGAAGAUUAUGAAUCAUGAAGAACGAUUUCAGUUUCCAUCCCAUGUUACAGACGUAUCUGAAGAAGCAAAAGAUCUUAUUCAGAGACUUAUCUGCAGCAGAGAGCGUAGGCUGGGACAAAAUGGAAUAGAGGAUUUUAAAUCUCAUGCAUUUUUUGAAGGACUUAAUUGGGACAACAUCCGAAACCUAGAAGCACCUUACAUUCCAGAAGUCAGCAGUCCUUCUGACACCUCAAACUUUGAUGUAGAUGAUGAUGUACUAAGAAAUCCAGAAGUGGUGCCACCAAGUUCUCAUACAGGCUUUUCUGGAUUGCAUUUGCCAUUCGUUGGGUUUACAUACACAACUGACAGCUCUUUAUCUGAUAGAGGCACUUUAAAGAGUGUGCUGCAGUCUGACACUGUAACCAAAGACACGGAUGUACAGCGAGACUUAAAGAACACUUCACAAAUAGAAGGCUAUGAAAAGAAAAUACGGAAAUUAGAGCAAGAAAAGCAGGAUUUGAACAGAAAACUGCAAGAAUCUGCACAGACAGUGCAGAACCUCCAAGGUCCAGUGUGUGUUACAGCAAAUACAAGCCGUGAUAAGGAGAUUAAAAAACUAAAUGAAGAAAUUGAACGGUUGAAGAACAAAUUAACAGAUAUAAGUAAACUGGAAGCACAGCUUGCAGAUGCAGUGGCUUUUCGACAAGAGCAUGAAGACUCCAUGCACAAGUUGAAAGGACUAGAAAAGCAGUGCAGAGUACUGAGGCAAGAAAAGGAGGACCUGCAUAAGCAACUUGUAGAAGCCUCAGAGAGAUUAAAGAUGCAGUCCAAAGAGCUGAGGGAUGCCCACCAACAAAGGAAGCUGGCUGUGCAGGAGUUCUCUGAGCUCAGUGAGAGGAUGGGGGACCUGCGCUCCCAAAAGCAGAAGCUGUCCCGGCAACUCCGCGACAAAGAGGAGGAGCUGGAAGUGAGCAUGCAGAGAAUCGACGCUCUGCGCCAGGACGUCCGAAAAUCUGAGAAGCUGAGAAAAGAGCUGGAAGCCCAACUUGAAGAAGUCGUAGCAGAAGCAUCAAAGGAACGCAAGCUCCGUGAGCACAGUGAAGUUUUCUCCAAACAACUGGAAAAUGAACUGGAAGCUCUAAAGUUGAAGCAGGGAGGCCGGGCAGCUGGUGCCACACUGGAACAUCAGCAGGAGCUUUCCAAAGUUAAGUCUGAGCUGGAAAAGAAAAUCUUAUUUUAUGAAGAGGAGUUGGUCCGACGAGAAGCAUCACAUGUUUUGGAAGUAAAAAAUGUGAAAAAGGAAGUACAUGAUUCAGAGAGCCAUCAGCUUGCACUCCAGAAAGAGAUCAUGAUAUUAAAGGAUAAAUUAGAGAAAACAAAGCGAGAGAGGCACAGUGAAAUGGAGGAAGCAGUAGGAACAAUGAAGGAGAAAUAUGAGCGUGAAAGAUCUAUGCUCUUGGAAGAUAACAAAAAACUAACAACAGAAAAUGAGAGGCUCUGCUCCUUCGUGGACAAGCUAACAGCACAGAACAGACAGCUGGAAGAUGAGCUCCAAGAUCUAGCAGCAAAGAAGGAGUCUGUUGCUCACUGGGAAGCUCAGAUUGCAGAAAUCAUUCAAUGGGUAAGUGAUGAGAAGGAUGCUCGUGGCUAUCUCCAAGCAUUAGCUUCCAAGAUGACAGAAGAACUGGAAUCACUGAGAAGUUCCAGUCUGGGGUCACGAACACUGGAUCCCCUUUGGAAGGUGCGCCGCAGUCAGAAGCUGGACAUGUCAGCAAGGCUGGAAUUACAGUCAGCCCUUGAUGCAGAAAUUCGUGCCAAACAACUGGUUCAAGAGGAGCUACGGAAAGUUAAAGAUGCAAACAUAUCUUUGGAAAGUAAAUUAAAGGAAUCAGAAGCAAAAAAUAGAGAACUGUUGGAAGAGGUGGAAGGUUUGAAGAAAAAACUGGAAGAAAAAUACAGAACAGAUUCAGGUCUCAAACUUCCAGACUUUCAAGAUUCCAUUUUUGACUAUUUCAACACCUCUCCUCUUGCACGUGAUUUGACUUUCAGAGAUUCUGUUUCUUCUUCGUCUACAUCUUCUCUGCUAGCCUUUUGGGAAGAAACCAGCUCUAUUAGUGAGCAGGAAAUGCAGGGUCCCAAGUCAGAGGUUUCACCAUCUACUUCAGUUGUAACUGCAGAGCAGCAACAAGAAGAACCAAUUCGGCUUCAGAGGAUGCCUGCUGCUCCUUCCCCCACCAUUCAGUCCAUUUCUCUAGCUGUACCAAAGCCUAAAGCUCACCAGCUCAAUAUCAAGUCGUUCACCAGCCCCACUCAGUGUAGUCAUUGCACUUCUCUCAUGGUGGGAUUAGUUCGACAAGGUUAUGCCUGUGACGUGUGUUCAUUUGCAUGCCAUGUUUCCUGCAAGGAUAGUGCACCUCAGGUCUGCCCUAUACCCGCCGAGCAAGCCAAAAGGCCUCUUGGAGUAGAUGUGCAAAGAGGAAUAGGAACAGCCUACAAAGGUUAUGUCAAGGUCCCAAAGCCCACAGGAGUUAAGAAAGGGUGGCAGAGGGCUUAUGCAGUUGUCUGUGACUGUAAACUGUUCUUAUAUGAUGUGCCUGAAGGAAAAUCCACCCAGCCUGGAGUUGUGGCAAGUCAAGUCUUGGAUCUCAGAGAUGAAGAUUUUUGUGUGAGCUCUGUCCUAGCAUCAGAUGUAAUACACGCAACCCGGAAAGACAUCCCGUGUAUAUUCAGGGUGACAGCUUCUCUCUUAGGUUUGCCUUCAAAGUCUUGUUCUCUACUGAUCCUGACGGAAAAUGAGAAUGAAAAGAGAAAGUGGGUUGGAAUCCUAGAAGGGUUGCAGUCUAUCCUGCACAAAAACAGGCUGAGGAACCAGGUUGUGCAUAUUCCACAAGAAGCCUAUGACAGUACACUGCCUCUUAUUAAAGCAAGUUUAGCUGCUGCUAUUGUAGAUCGAGAUAGAAUUGCAAUUGGCUCAGAAGAAGGACUGUAUGUGAUAGAGGUGACCCGUGAUGUGAUAGUCCGAGCUGCUGACUGCAAGAAGGUGUACCAGAUAGAGCUUGUUCCCAAAGAAAAAAUCAUCAUCCUCAUCUGUGGUCGGAACCAUCACGUCCACCUUUACCCCUGGGCCUCUCUGGAUGGGUCAGAAGGGAACUUUGACAUUAAGCUUGCAGAAACUAAAGGCUGCCAAUUGAUUACAACUGGAACACUAAAGAAGAGUUCUUCUACUUGUUUGUUUGUGGCUGUCAAACGACAGGUUUUUUGCUAUGAAAUUCACAGAACUAAACCUUUCCACAAAAAAUUCAGUGAAAUUCAGGCUCCAGGAAUUGUACAGUGGAUGACAGUGUUCAAGGACAAGCUCUGUGUUGGCUACCAGUCUGGGUUCUCUCUGUUGACCAUCCAGGGAGAUGGACAAUCUAUAAACCUGGUAAAUCCUAAUGACCCCUCGCUUAUCUUCCUCUCCCAGCAGUCUUUUGAUGCCCUUUGUGCUGUGGAGCUCAGUAAUGAGGAAUUCCUGCUUUGCUUCAGCCAUAUGGGAGUUUACGUCGAUUCGCAAGGUCGAAGGUCACGCAUGCAGGAACUAAUGUGGCCUGCAACUCCUGUUGCCUGUAGUUGCAAUUCUUCAUAUGUAACAGUGUAUAGCGAGUAUGGUGUUGAUGUGUUUGAUGUGAACACUAUGGAAUGGGUCCAGACUAUUGGCCUGCGAAGGAUCAGACCAUUAAACAUGGAUGGCACACUGAACCUCCUUAACUGUGAGCCACCAAGGUUAAUAUAUUUCAAGAACAAGUUCUCAGCAGGAGCUGGCCUCAGUGUACCAGAAACCUCUGACAACAGCAAGAAGCAAAUGCUCCGGACCAGGAGCAAAAGAAGAUUCGUAUUCAAGGUUCCCGAGGAAGAGCGGUUACAGCAAAGGAGGGAAAUGCUUAGAGACCCUGAGCUAAGGUCAAAGAUGAUUUCUAACCCAACGAAUUUCAACCACGUGGCUCACAUGGGACCAGGAGAUGGAAUGCAGGUCCUCAUGGACCUCCCACUGAGUGUCCUACCUCCUGCCCAGGAUGAAAAAUCCUGUCCAACUUCAGCCAACCUGUCACGGCAGCAGCAGCAGAGAAACAAAACCUACAUCUCAUGGCCCUCCUCAAGUGGCAGUGAUGUGGGAGCAGCCAUGCCUUCCCGAAGUAUGUCCGACCCUGACCAGGAGUUUGACAAAGAGCCGGAUUCAGACUCCACCAAACACUCUACUCCAUCGAACAGCUCAAAUCCAAGUGGUCCCCCAAGUCCCAACUCUCCUCAUAGGAAUCAGCUUACGCUGGAUGGACUGGACCAGUCGACCUGUGACGCGUAACGCUCCCGCCACCGCGGCUCCCGCCACCCGCUGCUCCACGGCGUUCAACUGCAGGGCAGAGCCUCUCAGAUGCUAGUGCCAAGACUGACACAGACUCUCUAGUGUUGUACAAGAAUAAUUAUAUAUCCAGAUUGUAGAUACAAACUAUGGAAAUGAAGAAAAUUCUUUACUAAUAGCGAUUGAGCUUUUUAUGCAGAAUUGUUCACUGCUCGGUUACGGUUGAUUCCUUUCUGCACAGCUGUGACAGUUUUAUUGCAUAGGAGCAUUUAAGGCCACCAGUAAAUAGUCUUAUUCUUAUGGUGAAAGAGAAAUAGAGUUACUGAUAAUGUUGCUACAAUAUCAGGAAUAUUAUUUUUCUAUAGAAUGAUGUAAUGUCUGAUUAGCAGGAAAUCCUUUUAGACAGAAUUUGGACUUCUGAAUAGGAAAUGUGAGCAGGGCUAGUUACAUCCUCAGAUGAAUACACUUUUCCCUUUUUCCUGUAACUGUUUUUUUCCUAAAUCUUAAGGAGAAUGGUAGGAAGCUGUAGGUCGUUUCCAACAUCAGUAGAGUCACCAGGAAGUCAAAGAAGAGCUGGGUAUAGUUUUGUGGCCUUUUAAUUCAUUUAGCCAUUACAUAUACAGCUGCAUAACUGUCUUUCUAUCUUUCUACCAACUUUUUAGUCUUGUACAUAGGACUACUGACAGUUAUCUCUUUACCCAUUCCCUGCUUUUAGUCCUCAUCAGUCAUUAGUCAGGGCUUUUAAAAUACUGCUGUGAAAAAGAUUUUACUCCUAGUUCCUGCCUUUCUCCUCCUGAGAAGUUGUUUCUCCUGGGUUUUUGGUGUAAGGACACACUAUGCUGUUAAGCUAGCAAGCCUUCUUGUGGACGCAUUGCCCUCGGAGUCUGCUUGACCCAGGGACUGUAUCGCACUAAAACAUCAGUCUGUUCAUUGGUUACCAAAGUGGAACGUGAAGGAUGUGUAACUGGGGGUGCUGCUUUUCUCAUUAAUUGUAUCCUCACCUGCAUGAAGACCCCAUGAUUAUUAAUCAAGUAUUGAUCAUGUAGAAAAAUGCACAACACACUCCUGUAUAUUUUGCGAUGGCCCACGUGCGGUGGUGUUUGCGUGUAUAUUUAAUCUCAUGCUUCCAUGUAUUAUACAUUUAGUACUCAAAGAUUUGUGACCAUGUUUCAUUAAAAGCUUGUAAUUAAUUCAGUGGCUGGCAUAUCCAGUUUGUCAUUGUCACACUAGUGUGCCUUCUGUGCCAAUUUUAUGACAGUUGGAUGUCACUUAUUUAAAAUUCAGUUUAAAUGGGCUAAUGAUAUACCAAUGGCUAAUGUUCUUUUCUGAAACACUGUAUAGGACGUGCACUUAUCUUUAGUUUAAACUGAGUGUUCUAGUCAACAUUUAAUCCUGUUACGUUAAGUGUUCGACAGUACUUGCUCUUUUUCUCAGAUUCUUGAUAAAGGGGCUCAGUUAGAGCUGGACACUACUGCUUUGGGGGUUUUCUGGUUUUUACUUUUUUAAUGUAAGUCUAAGUCUUUGUAAUUAUUGAAUUGUGAGAACAUUUUUGAACAAUUUACAUGUCAAUAAAGCAGAAGAGGGAGGUUUUAAAGUUUA